ACCAUUCAUUUGGGAAUUGGCUGAGACAAAGGAUAUGAUGGGCCCUUCAGUCCUUAGCAUUUCCUUUCUCCUUCUGUGUCUUCUCUUGGAAGCAGGAAUGCUCUGGGGGCAACAAGAGAAUAGAGAUGUUUAUGUGGUCUACAUGGGAGCUGUCCCAGCUGAUUCCUCUGAGGACAUUUUGAAGGAAAACCACCUUCAGCUUCUGGCUUCAGUACUGCAAAGGGGACAGCAUGUAGAAAAGACACUGAUCCGGCGCUAUAGACAUGGUUUCUCUGGGUUUGCUGCAAGGCUGUCCAAGGAAGAGGCCCUUGCCAUUAGUAGAAAAGCAGGGGUUGUGUCGGUGUUUGUUGAUCCCAUCUACCAACUGCACACCACUCGAUCAUGGGACUUCUUACAACAAACAAUGGUGGAGACCAACUCGAAUCCAGAUUCAGACCCAUCCUCAUCAACUCAAGCAUCAGACACCAUCAUUGGAUUGUUGGACACAGGAAUUUGGCCAGAAUCAGAGAGCUUCAGUGAUGAAGCCAUGGAUGCGAUUCCAAGCCGAUGGAAGGGGACUUGUAUGGAAGGGACUGAUUUCAAUGCAUCCAACUGUAACAAGAAGUUAGUUGGAGCAAGGUACUACAAGGAUGAUGAUGCAGUUAUGGCGAUACCGACCGGCCGAGCGACCGCCACCACUCCACGAGAUGAACUUGGUCAUGGGACACACACUGCCUCCACAGCAGGGGGGAAUGCAGUCAUGCAGGCUUCCUACUAUGGCCUUGCAGCAGGGACGGCCAAGGGAGGGUACACCGCGGCCAGGAUUGCUAUGUACCGGGUGUGCUCCUAUAGUGGCUGUGCUGGGUCUGCAAUUCUGGCUGGGUUUGAUGAUGCAAUCGCCGACGGUGUUGAUUUGCUGUCGCUGUCGCUGGGGGCUUCACCGUACUUCCGGCCAGACUUCGAUCAGGACCCAAUUGCCAUUGGAGCAUUCCAUGCCGUGGCGAAGGGGAUUACGGUGGUGUGCUCGGCCGGGAAUGAUGGACCCAGUGCCGGUACGGUGGUGAAUGCCGCCCCAUGGAUUCUUACGGUUGCUGCGACGACCAUUGAUCGGCAUUUUGAGUCUGAUAUCAUGUUGGGUGGGAACAACAAGGCAGUCAGUGGUGAGGCUAUAAACUUCUCUAAUUUGGAGAAGUCACCAGUAUAUCCAUUGAUCUAUGGUGGAUCAGCCAAGUCUAAUUCUAGCUCUAGUGUCUCAGCAAGUCACUGCGAGCCCGAAACAUUGGAUGGAAGCAAGAUCAAAGGAAAGAUAGUUCUUUGCGAGCACUCCCAUGAGAACGACUCGCCGAAGAUGUCAAAGAUAGAAGGAUUGAAUAGCUCGGGAGCAGUUGGUGCAAUCUUGAUUAGUGACUUGGACAUAGCCGUUGCUACCACUUACAUCUCCUUUCCAGUGACUCAGAUCACCUCACAAGCAGCAGAAGAGAUACUCGCCUACAUCAACUCCACCAAGAACCCAGUUGCUACAAUCCUUCCAACAAUCACAGUUACAAAAUAUAAGCCAGCACCAAUGGUGGCCUACUUCUCUUCAAGAGGCCCUUCGACUCAAACUAGCAACAUUCUCAAGCCUGACGUCGCCGCUCCUGGAGUUAACAUCCUUGCAUCAUGGAUACCAAGUGACUCCUCAGAGGUUCCCCAAGGCCAGAAGCCUUCAGCAUUCAACCUUGUCUCUGGGACUUCCAUGGCCUGCCCACAUGUUACUGGAAUCGCAGCCACCAUCAAAGCUUGGAAUCCUGCUUGGAGUCCCGCUGCUAUCCGGUCAGCUAUCAUGACCACAGCAACUCAGACGAACAACGACAAGGCUUCACUCACAACUGACUCAGGAUCGACGGCGACGCCCUAUGACUAUGGAGCAGGUGAAGUAAGCCCAACAGGUGCACUGCAACCGGGUCUGGUAUACGAAGCAGGAACUGAAGAUUACUUGCAGUUUCUCUGCAACUAUGGAUACCAAUCAUCAGAAAUCAAACUUAUAACAACCAUUCCAGAUGGUUUUAAGUGCCCAGAGAACUCAAGCAAGGACUUGAUCUCCAAUCUAAAUUACCCAUCCAUCACCAUCUCUAAAUUGAUGGGGAAGGGGAGCAAGAUAGUAAACAGAACGGUCACCAAUGUGGGAGCUGAAGAAGAAACCACGUACAUUGGGAGCAUUCUGUCGCCACCUGGGAUAGAUGUGGAGGUAACACCCAGUAAACUGCAGUUCACAAAGAACAUCAAGAAACUGAGCUACCAAGUGAUCUUUUCUUCUGGGAACUCUUCAACAGAAGGUGACCUCUUUGGUUCAAUCACUUGGUCAGAUGGAACAUACAAGGUUAGAAGCCCAUUUGUAGUUAGCAGCAACUGACAGAAAUGCUUGGCCUUCCUGCUGAUGUGUACCAGAUAAGUUACACAAAUGCUGCUACAAUCAGAAUAAUAUUUAGAAAAAAUCCAUUUCAGUGGGCUAAUGAGACAGAAAUGGCAGAACUUUUGACCGCUAAUA